AUGUCUGACACCUUUUCCUCCUCUUGCUGCAACUCUUCCAGCCCCCUCUUCUCCGCCUCCCUGUUCUCACCUCCUUCUUUUUCCGGCCUGGAACUCCUGUUCGACCUGAAGCUCCUCUUCAUCCCGCUCUACUCUGCUGUGGUCCUGAUCGCCUUUACCGGCAACCUCCUCCUUCUAUUUCUCAUGUGGCACAACAAGAAAAGGCACAACACCACAAACUUCCUAAUCAGCAACCUGGCGCUCGUCGACCUGGUCAUGUGCAUCUUCUGUGUCCCUUUGACGGCAUCCUAUGCUUUUGAUAAGCGUGGAUGGGUAUUUGGACCCUGCAUGUGUCAUUUUGUCACCGUCAUGCAGUCUGUAGCAGUCUAUGCAGCGGUCCUGUCCCUCAUGGCGAUUGCAGUCGAUCGAUACGUUGUUGUGGCCUACCCCAUUCGCAGAAGAGCAGGUUGCCUGUUCUGCUGGGGUCUGGUGGUCCUAAUCUGGCUGUCCUCUCUGGCUUUAUCAAUACCUACAGCGUUGCACAUCGUCUACCUGGACCUGCGGGCUGCAGGCCUGCAGAUGGCCGUGUGUGAGGAAUUCUGGGAUGGCCAGGAGAGAGGUCGCCUUAUCUACUCCUGUUUCAGUCUCUUCUUCUCCUACUUUGUCCCGCUGGCUGCUGUGUCUACUUCUUACUGUGCCAUAUCCUAUCAGCUGAAGCGGAGGACCACAUCUAGCUUGACAGCAUGUCCAGAGCUGAGAUCUGCACGGGCAGCAUGGAGUAAACGUCGAAGGAAGACCUUCUGCCUGCUGCUGGUGUCCGUCCUCUGUUUCGCCUUUUCAUGGCUCCCAUUACAGGUGGUGAAUCUGAUCCGUGACCUGGACACAGACUUCUCCAUUUUGGGGAAGAACUACAUAAACGUCAUCCAGGUGUCGAGUCACCUGUUUGCCAUGAGCUCCGCUUGCUACAAUCCUUUUAUUUACGCCUCACUACACGAAAAGUUCCUGUCGUACCUGUGCAGCCACUUCCUUUUCUGGAGGAGGGGUUAUGGAAAUGAGCAGGGUCAAGGGUCGAGCGUCCUGAAAAUGUCUAAAGUUCCACGUCUUCACACCUCUACCAUUGUGGCAGAUUUACCAUGUGCAAGUAACAUUGUUCCUCAAGACAACUACGCUUAA